UUUCCAAUCAAAACGAAACUUGCCCAUGUAUCGCCCGAAACCGGCUACACUGAGUGUGUGUGUGUGUGUUUGUGUUGAUCUCGCAUGUAAGCCUCGAAGAAAAGAAAAAUUCCAUUGCACAAUCGUGCUGCCGUCAACACAGAAGCGUGUUUCGUUGUACAUGUACAUGAACUCACACCAAAUAGAGUUUGCGUCGAGUCGACAGUGUGUACGUAUACGCUCGUUGUGCAAGUGUAUGCGUACGCAUUCCAAUCCGAACGUAUAUUCUGUCCGAGAUCAAACAGAACGAUCGCUUACAACAGUUGAGUAGAUUGCAUCGACCAAUGCGCACCUGUAUCGCGCUUCGUUUCUGAAAAUCGGAUAGAAAAUGCUUUUUAGUGCAACAAGUAGUUUUGAAGUCUUCACGUGAAAAAAAAUAACACGAAGAAAUUAAGUGUCACCAAUAGUGUGAAAACAAAUGAACAAGUGUAUUUCAACAAAAAUAUUAAGAAGUUUGAUUUCAAGAAAAAAAAAAAUAAAAAACACGGUAUUUGUGAUAAUGGUGUACUUAAAUUGAGGAAGCGUAAAAAAAAACACUAAAGUGAGUUUAUGAUAAACGAAAAGGAAAAAAUAACAGAGAGAAAUUAAAAAAAAAACCAACGAUACCUAUUGCAUUAUCAAAACGUGAUUUACGCCUGGGAUUACACACAAUUUGUGAUAAAAAAAAGAAUACCUACUACUGUGCUUUCCGAUACAUCAACAUAAGGAUUUUUUCUGUGCCACAUAUUAUGGAUUAAAUGACACCCGCUUGAAAUACGUCGGUCGGGUUUACCAAGCUAUUGAGCCUAUCGUAUUGGAUUUCACACAAUUUUCACGGACAUUUACAAAGUGAAUCAGUCAUAAUGCCGAUGGAAACGGAAGAACGUCCAUUAUCACUGGUUCGAUCACGCAUCGAUCAAUUCCUUCAUUCGGGCACAUCUUCAGCCAUUCGAAAUUCGUCCGGCAGUCGAUCAUCGUCGGCAACUGGCUAUGAAGCGCAGUUUGCCUACCAACAACAUUUGCCCACUGGAAUCAUGAAUCAAUCAGUGCGUCCACAUCGCGAAUCGUCGGCUUUUGUUCCUGUUCUUCCAUCGCGAAGCGUAUCGUUAUACCCGCCUGGAAUGCUCGAACAAUCCGAGCAGCUUGCAAAAGAGAGCAACAGUCAGCGUAGCUCGGCGAAUUACAAUAUAAUUGCCAUGAUGGCCGACAAAGCGAAUGCGAUGCUAAUGCAACGACCAUCGUUGAGUGGUGGUCCGGUGCCACCGCAACACAUUUACACAAAUGGUUCAUUUUUAGGAGCUUCUGUACCGUCACCAGGUGCUGCCGCGUCAUUUACAUUCCCAUCGAAUUCAGCGUCAAUAUUUCCGCAAAAUGUCGUUCCACCCGGCCUGCACAGUAGCUUAGAUCGUCGUUUGAUGCGUGCACCAGGCCGAGCUUCACGGCCAAAAAAGAAAUUCAUCUGCAAAUUUUGCCAUCGAGAAUUCACAAAGUCAUAUAAUUUACUAAUCCACGAACGAACGCACACCGAUGAGCGGCCGUACUCCUGCGACAUAUGCAACAAAGCAUUUCGAAGACAGGAUCACCUUCGAGACCACAGGUAUAUUCAUUCGAAAGAGAAGCCAUUCAAGUGUACGGAGUGUGGCAAAGGAUUUUGUCAAUCGCGAACGCUGGCCGUGCACAAAACGCUUCAUUUGGAAGAGUCUCCACACAAGUGCCAAGUGUGCAACCGAAGUUUUAAUCAACGCUCAAAUUUGAAAACACACUUGCUCACACACACCGACCAUAAGCCAUACGAAUGUGGAACGUGUGGCAAAGUGUUCCGAAGGAAUUGUGAUCUCAGAAGACAUGCACUGACGCACACAAUCGGCGGUGAUAUGCCGCCCGAAUUGAAUGAAAAUGGCAACGAUUCGGCUAACGAAAAAAUAAUGAUCGACGAUGAAAAUGAUGAUGCGAACGAACUCGAAGAUGAAUUUGAUGACAUUCAAGUGGAUUCGCCGGUAAAUGAACGCAAUACACCGUCACCCGUGGUUCCGGAUAGCAAAGGUGGUGAUAAUGAAUCGGUGAAAGAGGAAAAGCAUCGUGAAGAUGUGCUCGAUGGUGAACCGCCACGUAAAAUGCCACGUUUGGAACAAAUUCCGAAAGACGAUAGUGAAUUGUCGGGUAUUACACAUUGUCACCACAAUGGAGGACAGACACAUUAUACAAUGAGACCUCAGCAAAUAUCAUGUGGCUUGGCCGCCGAUGGAAAGCUACACGUUCGACGGGAUUUACAUUACAAAGUCGACGCACCAACAACAUCCAUUCAUUCAUCAAACAACAACGCCUCGGCUGCAACCACAAGCAGCAGCAUUAUCGGUGCUCCAGUUCCAUUCCGCAAACGAUCGGCCGGACUUACCUAUGAAAAUCCAGAAACUGAUCAUCCACUCGUUUCCAGCUCUCACCAUGUUCCAUUGCAUACAUCGCCAUUGAAUCUAUCGAAUCACUCAUCAACCACACGAAAUCAAGAAACGUCCAAUGCUUCUCAACCACCACAACAGCCACCGCCAGCUCCGGCUCCGCCACGCCGAACCGGCUUCAGCAUUGAGGAUAUAAUGCGCAGAUGAAUCUGCUCUGAAUUUUUAAGUACAAAGGCUGCGUCGAGAUUUCGUACAAAUUUUUUUUUUUAGAAAUGAUAUAAAGACAGAAAGUGUUUGUUUCAUCUGCCAUAAAUGCAUCGAGACUGAUAACCUUCCGACGGAGAGAGACAGACAGGAAGUUUGCGUAAUAUUUUUAGUUUAUGAAGCCGCAUCACGUCUCACAACGAUGUCAAUGAAAGAAACCGAGUGAUGUCUUCCAAGGAAUCCUUCAAGAGACCCGAAUCGAAACAAACGAAACAAGGAUUGCGUGUUUUAUCUGUCCUCGUGAAUAGUGAGAGCUUCACAAGUCCUCAAGAUGACAAAACAUCUCUUAAUGUAAACGAAACAAAAAAUUAGCCUAAACUUAAGAAUAUUCUCGUUGUAAUAGUCGUACUUAAGCCAAGAAACCGCGAGGGAUUUCAAUUCAUUCUAAGCAUAAAGCGAGAAGGUUCAUCCAAUUUGAAUGUUUACAUUGAAUGGAAUAAGUGCCUUUACAUUCCAUUUAGUUUUUUUCCAUUAUUGAUCUGAACGAAUAAGUGUAGUUUGCAAGUGAAUCGACCGUAAUCACGUGAAUUAGAAGAACAAAUGAUGUUUCAGUAGAAUAUUAGUCUCUAAAUAAGAAUCAAUCAAUAGAUUAGUUUCGAAAUUUAGCAAAAAAUGAAUGUACUUCCGAAAUUGCGGCUUAAAGUCAAACUGACAAUCUUCAGCUCAGAAGAGUGUUUACGAAAAAAAAAAAUUAGUUUAAAUUUAUAUAUAGGUAAUGCCCCUGUUUUGUGUUAAUUUAGCGGACUGUAUACUUUAGUAAAUGAAUAAGUUUGAUGGAUAAGCGUUUCUCAUCUUUUUUUCUUUAGCCAUCCAUAUUCAUAUCAUAAACGUGGUAAACAUACACUGUUGUGUGAUGCGAUAUUCGAUUUAAACAUUUGACUAUUUUGUUAUUAAGAUAAAGUCUAAAAAUAGACAACGAUUUGAAGAGAAAACAAAUUGCAUCAAAUUUCCGUUUUAUCAAGUGCUCAACUGCGAAUAAAUAUUUCUCUUUUUAUUUUCAUAGUUUGUAGGUGCGAAUUAAUGUAAGUAGUGAAUACUGCAGCAUUUCAAAUAAAUCAGAUUUUAAUGAGAAAAAAA